GUGACUUGUCCACAAUCCCCUUCCGCCUACGACAAGCAAUCAGAAAAACAAACCUGCUUUUCACUUUUGUACUCCUGUACACCUUUGCGAUACGUUUGUCACAGGAGGUAGAAGAGGUUUUCACAGAAAACAAUACAGAUGGCUGGCUAAAUAGAAGUUAAAUGGAACAAUAACUGCUAUUGAGCAAAACAAACUUAAAACACAGCGAUGAGAAAAAGGUGAGGGGAGAGGGAGGUUAAGGAACCAUAAAUGUCACAUAGGAAUGCUCUGGGUUUUCAGUUUGGACGGUCUUUUUUUUUGUUUUAUCCUCUCAGGUCUGCCUCCAGAAGAGAAUCUCCAGGUCUAGCAGCUUUAACCAAAUAUUUUACUGAUCAAGCUGCAAAAAAAAUCACACAAAAGCUGUAAGAUACAAAGCAAAAGAUGCCGAGAAAGUCCUCCUUGUUCAUGAAAUCCUCGGUUGUCAAAAGGAGCAGAAAGCAGAAAAUAAAGGAGGUGCUACAUGCAGACAUGAUCAGCAUGCCACUGGGGGAUUUCAGGCACCUGUCCCACAUCGGGAAGGACGAAGACCCGUUUGGGGACCUCUCCUUCCUGCAGGGGGAUCACGGACUCCUGAAGAGCUCCCAGAGUGAGCACAACCUCCUCAUGGCCUGCAACCCCCCUCCUAAACCACCCCGGAUCCACACAGACGGGCCGGAGUCCCCUCACAGCGGCCAGCAGGCAGAGCUGUCAUUCCGCACAAAGAAAUACUCCGUCUCCAUGCCAACGCUGGACAAUCCAGACUCGGAGGAGUCCUGGCAGGAGGUUGCAGAGGACCAGGAAGAGAGCAGGGGACCGGCGCUGACUGACAGGGCAAUAAAGCAAGAAUCCAGCUUGGAGAAAGACACUAAGAGCAAGAGUCCUCACACCUCUGAGCCGGAUCUCUAUCCCCAUCCAGCAUUCCUGGAUCUAGGACCUUCCAUCUUGGAUGAUGUUCUUCAAGUCAUGAACAAACAUGAAUGUAAAUAUUUGCUUCCCUCUGAUUGUGGGGGAAAUCUGAAAUAAAGUCCUCCUGUUUCUGCUAUCUGGGGUCAGCCUACUGAAGAUUUUUACAGUAAGGUUAAGUGAAGCUGUAUUGGUAUUGAUCGCGGACACAGUGGAGGAUGAUGUUAUCUAAGUGGUGCAGCUAAAGUUGUGGUGGUCUCAAUUAUUGUACCCCUUUAUAAAUUUAGCACAAUGUAUGCUGAAAACACUGAACCAUUCUCUUAUGCGCUUGACUCUGAUAUAAAAUAUAAAGGCUAUCAUUGUAUAAAGAAAACUUUUGCAAUACAUGUGCAAGCCUUCUUUAAAUUUAGACACAUAACGGGAUGUCUUGCUGUGUUCUUUCUGUCUAUAUUCUUUCCAAUAAAUCAAUUUUAGGAA